GCGGCAGAGUGUCUGUAUGUAAGAAGCAAUGGCGACGGCUACUGAAGAUCUGCAUUGAAUCUGAGCGCUCCAGAGUGUAUGUCAUAACAAACAAAUGGCCAGCCCUCUGGUAAACUCCGGAGUACCUCUGGCGACUCAGACCGUGGUUUCUCCUGUCACCCAAACCUCCAGUAACACUUCUGGGAAACCUCGGGACAAACCGAAGACGCCCUCUUUCCUGUCUAACCUGGGCAAGGCUACCCUAAGAGGCAUCCGCAAGUGCCCUCAGUGCGGUGUUUACAAUGGCACCCGUGGCCUCAGCUGCAAGAACAAAGCUUGCGGAACCGUCUUGAGGGUUGGAGUUCACGGGACAGGGCGUUUAAAGAAAGGGGCGUCUGAAGUGGUUCAGGUCGUUAUGGACGGUGGAGGCGGCAGAGCCGGGGGGGCUCAGGUGUUCUCGAUACGUCAACGGGGGCGUGGUUCUGAGCAGCGAGGCUUUGUGGAGUUGGUCCCCACAGACACAGCCAUCACUACAGCUGACGGGACCCUGCUGACCCGCCUCAACCUCGGGCGCUGUUACAUGCCCUCGUGCCAGCAGAACCAAAGCGAGUCUUUGGUUGAAAGCGGCCAGAAGGCACCCAAAAGUCCCUGCACCCACGUUAAGCAAGCGAUGGAGUGUCAGACUCAAGCCACACCGCUGCCGCUCAAGAGCUCUGUGCUGGAGGCCCUAGUGGCCACGUCUCAGGCCAAAGAGGAGUUGUGGAGGCUGGCGACAGAGACACCCGGACCUCUAGUGCAGCGGGUCUCCAAAGGUACCCUGAUAGUGAAAUGCCAGCCGGAUGAUACCCAUCCUCUGGGACUGCUGCAUCUGACGGUGGGCUUAUCUGGAGCUAAAGAGAAGAGCGAGGGUUCGGUUCCCUUUCGCUGUGCAUGUCACGUUCCCACUGUCAAAGGGGCAUUAGGGCCGAGGAGUUUGGGUCAGCCCAACCUCAAGGACAAAGACAAACCGCACAGUUUACCUGAACACUGCCUGCACUUCUUCGCUUGCGUUUGUGCCUUUACAAGUGAUGAGAAGCUGGCCUUUGAGUUUUCAGCUUUUCUGAACUACAACUUGAAUGGAGUGCAGGAUUGGACAGACGCCACAGUGCUCAGUAUAUCCGAAUCUAAGCAGCACAUUGAGCCCUCCAUCUCUCAUCGUUCCAAGAGACUCAAACUCAUGGAGUCCUCUACUGCUUCCUCUGUCUCGUCUCCAUCUCCUCUGGCUGUCAGAGACCCUUCUGCACCCACUCUAAACCAAUGCAAGCCCACUCACAAAAAUCACUCCAGUUCUGCUGGGCUUAAAAACCCAGGAAGCAGCCAACCAGUGGAUGAGACUCGCGUGUCACUGGGUUUCCAGCAAUGGUUGGUCAGCGUCACUGAGAGGAUCCAUCAAACGAUGCACUUCCAGUUUGAUGGAAAGCCAGAGCCACUGGUCUUCCACAUCCCGCAAGCUUUCUUUAACGCCCUACAGCAGCGUUUGUCAUUGGGCUCAAAGAAGAGAAGACUGCCCAACUACACCACCACAUUUGUGCGCAGUGAUGCUUUGCCUCUUGGCUCUUUCUCUAAAUACACCUGGCACAUCACCAACUUGCUACACGUGAAACGCAUCUUUGAUACACCAGAGUUACCCCUGGAACUCACUCAGAGUUUUGUGAAGAACAGCGAUGGCUCCUAUUCACCAUACCGGUGUCGGGAUAACCCUUCUGAUUCUGGAUCAGAUGCCUGCAGUCAGUUACGCUCUAACAAGCCUCUGCCCAUCAGACCACUGGAGCUCUGCACCUUUCUCAGAGCGGAGCACACAGAUCCUGUGCCCUUUGUAAUCGAGUGGAUCCCAGACAUCCUUCCACACUCUCAAGUGGGAGAACUGAGAAUCCGGUUCGAGUACGGCCAUCAGGUGGGAGGAAAACCUGAAGGCAGCAAGAGCUCUGGGAUGGAGAAAACAGUGACGGAUAGCAGCCUAACCAAGUGAAGAUGAAUUUAUCCCCAGUCACAACAUAGAAUGCUCUCAUUUCAAACUCGGUUUCAUAUAAGCAUUUUAAUGCACUUAUUUGGUGUGUUUUAAUAUCAGCAGAGCAGUUUUAUUGAAAACUGUAAGGAGCUACUCAGGAAACCUUCACUGUCAUUUUACAGUGUAGUGUACAUUGAACUGUUGUUUCUAAGGUUGUUAUCCAAAUCAUAUGGUUAGAAUCACUUAACACGUAAAUUGCAUCACGAGACACUGUUUACUGUGUUCAUGUAAAUAUACAACAAAAUAAUAAUAAUGUAAUAACAAUGCGUAUAAUGCUGUACAAUAAUAAUAAGUUAUAUGUUCCAUAUCACAGUCAACUAUUUCUUUAUUGCAAUAGACUUUUUGCAAUACCUCAUUCUCACUUUUUUUACUUUCAAAAACAAUUUUCGCAGUGACCUGGAACCAGCUGGUUUCAAGGUGUUUUUUUUGUAACUGUUAAGUUCACCACAUUAACCAUGGACAUGUUUUUAUCCAUUUAACAAGCAAAUAUUUAGUUACAGUACAUCUGUUAUUUUAUCAUUUAAAACCUAAUUAAUAUAUUUGGUUAAAUUUUGCUUGUGCUGUCUUUCAAAUAAUUGCUUGUUAUUUAUUUGUUUAACUAAAGCAGUGGUAUAACAUUCAUCUUUAGGUGUGCAAAUGUAAACUUUUUAUUUUGGAUGCUUACUGAAUACAACUUAAUGUUAAUGUCACGCAACAAUGUAUUAAACCUGCACAAUGUUUGAUAUUGUCACAAUUUUUGCUUAGAAUAUAUAUCAUGAAGGUGUUAUGACUCACGAUUCACAAUAAAAAUGAUUAUUUCAGUGAUUCAAAUUAUGUCCAGUAAAAGUUCUGCUGAAAUGUUAUUUGCUUUAAACGUGCAAGGAACAAAAAUGUGAAUCGUGUGUUGUCUUAACAGGAACAUUUUUAGUA